UAGCCAUUGACUUAAUUACUAAACAUGUUCAACGACAACUUAAUGAACGUCGUGAUAGUUUUCGAUGGGAACUCCCGAAAAAAAUAGAUUGUGACGAAGAAUUACCAAAAAGUGUAGUAGUGCUUGAUCAGACGCCUCAAUUGAAAAUUUGCGGCGUUUCCAUUCUUCGUGCCGGUGGAAUAAUGGAAGCUGGUCUUCGAAGAGUUGCUAAGGACGCUCUUAUCGGUAAAAUUCUAAUUCAAACCGACCCGACGACGGGUGAACCAUUGGAUGCUCAAAUUGCAACUGGUGCAGCAGCAUUGAUGGCCAUUCGUAUUCUACUAGAUCAUAAUGUGCCCGAG